AUGGCUGCUAUCAUGGACGAUGACACCAUCAAUCGCAUCAUCAGACAGCUGAACCCCGGCGAUCGUGCUGCGAGCAGACAGAAAGCGCUCGAUUCUGCACGUCUGCCCGAGUCGUAUCAAUGGGUUCUUGAACUCCCAAAGAUUCGAAAUUGGCUGAGUGGAACGGGUCCCCAGCUGCUCUGGCUCGAUGGUCCAACUGCAACUGGCAAGACAUUCCUAAGCUCAAAAGUUGUCAAUCAUAUUCGAUCCGACGACCGACUACGAGCAAACAACUCUGCAGUUGCUGUCGUCUACGCCGAGAAAAGCUACGAACACCGGAACAUCGCCGAUUGGAACCUCCGACUGUCAUCCGUGGCCAGGCAGCUCGCAUCUCAACUGCCAACCUCCUCCGCUGCUCUAAAAAGGGCUCUGGCCAAGUUCUCUGACACUGAUGACGACCAACUUCACUCGAUCCUGAGGACAUUGGCCUCCGAGUUUGGAACUGUCUUUGUGGUCUUUGAUGGAAUUGGCAAGGCUACCACCAAAAGUUUGAAGGCACUCAUGCGUGUCCUUGGUGGCGGCCAUGAAGAGAGGGCUUCGUUCCGGGUAUUGAUAACCAGUCGUGAUCCACCUCCUGAUGCUUUCACGGCUCAGCUCGAGGUCUCUGUCGUCAAGGCUGGGGCUGAUAGUGUUGACUUGAAAGCUUAUGUGACCUCUGAAUUGCGAGAUGCCCUCCAAGAGCUCUCUCCUCUGGAACUCUCCAAGGUAAACGCAUUACUUGAGGCCGAGAUUUCUCUCGCCUGUGACGGAGUCUUCCCGCCUCUGCCUCUGCCUCAGCUGUAUGCCGAACCCUCAGAGGCGAUGGAGACUCUCUCUACAAUGAUCGCGUCGGCUAACGGGCAGUCGACUUCUGAUACCAUGCAGCAAUAUUGCUGCAGAAUAAUGGCACAAACUAAAUCAAGCAAAUGGGGAGACAUGAUCUGCUGCAUUCUCUACCACCUGGUCAAAAUCAGCGAGUUUGGGUAUGAGUUCACAAUACCAAUGGCAGUAGAUGCCCUGGACGCUUGGAAGAUAUUCCAUCAAGACGGCUCCUCAUAUACCGCUACCGACAUUCUCGAGGUUUGCACUGGGCUUUAUUACUUCAGCGAUGACAACCAAACUAUUCGCAUACGGUCUCCUAUUCUAGAGCAUUAUCUUCGACAUGAAGAGUUUGGCAGAGAAUACGAAGAGCUUUGUACGACAGCGCAGAUGCGGUAUCUAUGCAAGCCUGAAUUCUCCAACAGGGCUUGUGCAUCCUCGAAUGAGCUUCGCGAACGGUUAAAAAACAACAGAUAUCUCUGGUACGCCGCAAGGAUGUUGGCUCCCAAUCUCCAUCAGCACAUUCCAAAAUCCUUCAUAUCCGACUUUAUGGUACUUUCAUCCAACCAGGGGUCCAUUGAUUCGUAUCUACAAGCAGCCAACGCCUGGCCAUACCAUAAUGAAGUCACCUAUGAUGAACUGGAGGAGAGUUCAGAAUACUGGAAUUGCUUCAUACGCGGCUUCCGACCUCUUCACCUCGCCGUACAACUAUCAGACUCGGCCCCGUUGAUACACGCCUUGGCAGAACGAGGGGAAGAGCUCGAAGCGCGUAAUAAAGACGGUCAAACCGCACUACACAUCGCCGCUCAAAGCCAGGGAGAAUGCAAUGCCCUCCGUGCUCUUCUCGCCUGUGGCAGUGACGUGUCUGCAGUGGAUGAGAAUAGUGAAACACCGCUCUCUCUGGCGAUUGUGUGGGGGAGCGUCGAGUCUGUCAAGUUGCUGUUCAAGUAUGGCGCGGACAUCAGCACCGUUGAUGAGGAAGCUCUUGAAAUGUGUACACAAGAAGAGCCGGAGAUCGCCAAGUAUUUGGCUGAGCGUGGUGUUGAGAUGCCGGCCAACGAUGACAAUGAUGACAGCUCAACAGUCUCUGCAUAG